AUGCAGGGGAACUAUACACCUAAGGUUAACGGGAAUGGUGGAUUGAUCUACCCAGGCAACCUUGUAAGGUUUCGGGUGGGGUUCAGGUUUAAGGCCCGUUCGAGCAACAACGCUCUUGACAACCACGUUCAUGCAACUCCCGCUGUCUAUGGCGACGUGGCAGUUGUUGCCCUGAUGACAUGUGCAAGUGAUGAAAAUAUUAGUUCGCUGCCAAUCAUCACUGCCUUUGGUUGUGAGACCAUGCAUCGCAAAAUACGAAGCUUAAGGUCAACAGACUCAUCGGCGUCCUCAUCAGAUAUGGUAGAUAACAAUGGGAAAGGAAAACUUGAUUAUGGAGAAUUUGUUGCUCUAUCCCUCCAUCUAAGAAAAAUGGCCAAUGAUGAGCAUCUUCACAAGGCCUUCUCCUAUUUUGAUAAGGAUGGCAAUGGUCAUAUUGAUCCAGCAGAGCUUCAGGAUGCAUUGAUGGAGGAUGGAGCCAUAACAAGUGCAGAUGUGGCAAAUGACAUCUUCCAAGAAGUAGAUACCAACAAGGAUGGGAAAAUCAGCUAUGAUGAAUUUGCUGCAAUGAUGAAAACUGGAACAGACUGGAGGAAGGCUUCUCGGCACUACUCAAGAGGAAGGUUUAAUAGCCUCAGUGUAAAGCUGAUGAAGGAUGGUUCUUUAAAUGCAGACCGUGAGUAGCAUACAGCUGAGGUGCAUCUCACUGGCCAAUACAAGCAAAGUCCUUGGGACAAUUUCCAGUUAUACAUGAAACUUUUUCUUUCACUUGCUCUUGAUUUUUUUAGGAGUGGGGGGGUUAAUUCAGCUGGCCCCUUUUGAUUGGUGGCUGACAGUAACCCUGGAGAGGUGAGUUAAUUGGUGUCCACAUAAUGUAUGUUGUAUGAUUUUAUCCUUCUUAACAUGUAAUCUCCUGCAAGUAUUCCAUUCCAUGUGCAGAACUUGUAUUCGUGAGGUUUGUGGCAGUGAAGCAUUUCCUUGUAAAAUAAAACUGUCUUUUAGGUUUGGUGUUCCAUUGCCUGUUGGGGUGCGGUUAGGAUGAGAAGAGCUUUAGUUUAUACUAGUGCUGAUGUGAACUGUUACUAACUGUGAUAACCACUGUUAUGUACUGCAGGAGUUAUAAGCCAACAAUCUUGACAAUGUUACUACGUGUUUUAGUUUA